AUGCUUAUUAUACACCAUAAAACUUUCUUUUUACAGAAUAAUUCAGUGGAACUUUACAUUUGUAAACCCAUCCAGAUCAAGGUGAGGUCCAACGAGGAUAGGUUCACUCUACUUGAAUUUAUGAAUCGCAUUUCGGACUUCAUCGAUGUUAGCUGCAUCUCCCCAUUCCUUUUCCAGAUGUGAAUAGACCAACUCGUUGUUAGCGAUCAGAUAGAUCCUUUCGCUCUAAUCUGGUCUAUCACUUCCAUUGCUCGUCCAAAUGUGGACAAGUAA